AUGGAAAUGACUUACAGGCAGUCGUCGAGGUUGCUUCGGUCUUCCGUUAGCGGUUCCAACAGGGUAGUACUCCAGCAUCCUCGCCUCCCCAGCACCACGAUCACAUCUACAAACACAUUGAAUCGCAUUCGACGGCGCAAUGUCUCCACGUCCUCCCGGAGAUUCGCACCUGAGCCAUCACUAUUUAACUUUGGAGCUGGUGCCUCGUCCGGCGGCGUCCCCGCGACCUACUUCGCGAAUCGUUCCACGCUGCCCGUAAACACGAUCAUUCGGUUCGUCCCCCAGCAGACGGCAUGGAUUGUGGAGCGGAUGGGCAAGUUUCAUCGAAUCCUAGAGCCUGGUUUGGCGAUUCUCGCUCCGUUCAUUGAUCGGAUCGCGUAUGUGAAGAGCUUGAAGGAGUCUGCGAUUGAGAUACCGAGUCAGAAUGCCAUUACUGCCGAUAACGUCACGCUGGAGCUGGAUGGUGUGCUGUACACGAGAGUAUUUGAUGCCUACAAGGCGAGUUACGGUGUUGAAGAUGCAGACUACGCUAUUUCCCAGCUGGCACAGACAACGAUGCGUUCGGAGAUCGGCCAGCUCACGCUCGACCAUGUCUUGAAGGAGCGCGCCACAUUGAAUACCAAUAUCACACAGGCCAUCAACGAGGCGGCUCAGGACUGGGGUGUGGUCUGCUUACGGUACGAGAUUCGGGAUAUCCACGCUCCCGAUGGGGUUGUUGCUGCCAUGCAUCGGCAGGUGACCGCUGAGCGGUCGAAGCGCGCAGAGAUUCUUGAUUCCGAAGGUCAGCGGCAAAGCGCGAUCAACAUCGCGGAGGGUCGGAAGCAGUCCGUUAUCCUUGCUUCGGAGGCCCUGAAGGCCGAGCAGAUCAACCGCGCGGCUGGUGAGGCGCAGGCGAUCAUGCUCAGAGCCCAGGCUACCGCGAAUGGUAUCGAGGCUGUUGCCAAGGCCAUUGCCGACGGCAAGGAGAAUGCGCAUAGCGCUGUCAGCCUCAGCGUCGCUGAAAAGUAUGUCGCGGCCUUCUCAAACCUUGCCCGUGAGGGAACGUCUGUUGUUGUUCCUGGCAAUGUUGGCGACCUAGGUGGCAUGAUUGCAAGCGCUAUGGCUGUCUAUGGCAAAGUCAAUGAGAGCCAGGCGAGAUCGAUUGCCGCAAAGACCCUAGGAGUGCAAGAGCCCGCUCAGAUUGAGCACUCCAGCCAGCAGAAGACAGAGAAUCACUCUUCCGAGCCAACGGAUGAGGCCAACUCCGAGGCCGACAAGGUUGAGAAUGUCACCGACAGCGUUCUGGAAGGAUUCGAUCAGGCCAGCCAGCAUAAGAAUUAG